UCACAACCUCAUCUACCAGUCGAACAUUGUGUCCUGAUUCAGCUGAGUAAGAACGGAAAAACGUCCUCGCCCAGCUGAUCCUGGACCAGACUGCACACAGAAACUGGUUCCUCACGUCAGCUGAGAGCCGGAGGUCUGAGGAUACGUGCAGGUCUGCAGCCUGCAGCAGCAGGAGUCCUCAUCACAGUGUCCACUAUCAAAGACUGGCCCCGCCCCCAGCCGUCCUCCAGGCCCGCCUCCAAGCUCCAGCAGCCAAUCAGAAGAGCCCUGUGCUGCAGCCCUGAGCUAUAAAAACCCUCCCAAUGCUCUGAGCAGCAGACAACAGACAGAGAGAAACAGGAGCAGCUCAGACUGGAACAGACUCUCAGCAGACACAAAGAUGAAGAUGACGCCUCAGCUCCUCAUCCUCCUGGUGACCAUUCUGGUGCACGCUGCAGCGGCGUUCCCGUCAGACAGGCGAGCCGUGGCGGGCCGGGACAAGCACGCCUCCUGGGACGACGUGAACGUGGUGGCCCACGGCCUCCUGCAGCUGGGCCAGGGCCUGAAGGAGCACGUGGACAAGUCCAAAGCCCAGAUGAGGGACAUCAACGCCCAGCUGAAGGCCUUCAACAGCUCCGUGGCCCAGCUGGAGAGGAGGCAGCAGGAGCAGGACCAAGCUCUGCAGGCUAGAAAGGUGGAAGAAGUGAUGGUGAAGGUGGAGGAGGAGAAGAUGCAGAGCGAGGAGAUCCAAGCCAGGAUGGACAGGCUGGAGGACAAGGUGGAGGAGGCGCUGAAGGAGCAAACACUGGACAGCAACGACAGCGAGCACACGGGAGUCUCUUUCAUCCAGAAGCUGGUUGUGGCUCAGAACAGACGCAUUGACCAGCUGGUGGAGAAAAUCAAGCAGCAACAAGACAAACUGGAGAAACAGAGUCUGCACCUGCAAACGCUGCAGAGCAAGGUUGCACACAAGAGAGUGAAAUCACACAGACGGAGAGAUGAAGAGACGGCUCUGAGAGGAGAACCAGCCGAGCAGAGCAGAGACGCAGCAGGUCUGGCUAGAGACUGCAGCCAGCUGUUUGUCCGAGGUCAGAGAGCCAGCGGCGUUUACACCAUCCAACCAGAGAACAGCCAGCCGUUCAACGUCUACUGUGAGAUGACCACAGAAGAAGGAUGGACAGUGAUCCAGAAACGUUACGAUGGAUCUCAGAGCUUCAACCAGCUGUGGGAGAGCUACAAGAGAGGCUUCGGCAGCCUGAACGAUGAAUUCUGGCUGGGACUGGAGAACAUCCACUCUCUCUCCAAACAAGGAGACUACGUCCUGCAGGUGGCGCUGUCUGACCAGGCUGGAGAGCAGCAUGAGGCGAGUUAUCGCUUCCAGCUGGACGGAGAAGAGAAGCAGUUCUCUCUCCACCUGCAGCAGGAGGAGGAGGCUUCAUCUCCAUCAGGGCUGCAGGAGAACAUCAUGACCAGCGGAGAAUCUGGACUUCCUUUCUCCACCGCCGACAGAGACAACGACCUCUCCCCAGACGUGAACUGUGCCCAGCUGCUCUCAGGUGGUUGGUGGUUCAGCAGCUGCGGGGAGUCGAACCUCAACGGCAGAUAUCAGAGAAGACAGAACACGCUCAGACAGCAGCAGCUCAGGAGACAAUCCAUGUUCUGGACGUCCUCAAAGGGACAAAACAGCUCCGUUAAGAGGACUCUGCUGAAGAUCGCUCCGGCCACCAUGAAGCAGAGAAACAGUCCUUAAACAGCAGAAGAUGAAGAAAACACGACUGUUCUAACUCCAGUUAAUGAUCUCCAUCAUGCUGGAUAAUCACAUAUUUCUAUGCUGUGUAUACGAUUAUUGUUCCGUCAUAUUGACAGUUGUUUAUUCCCUUCAUAAGGGAUCUUAAUCUUAUUUUGUAAUACUUGCUUGUAAUACUUCUACUUCAAUAAUGUACAGUGUAUUAUUUUCUACAUUUAUACACUUUAAAUAUUUUAUAUUUCAUUUAUAUGAAAAAGAUGAAAAUAAAGUUUGU